CAAAUUUCUCUUCACGAGACCCCCAAAAUGAAUAUUCAGAAUCUGCUUAGAUAUGUUUCUCUUGCCCUUCCCAUUUUCUUCUUCUUCUUCAUCACCCCCACCACCCAAUACCACGCCCACCACCACCGCCAACAACCCAUUUUCAAUGAUCUCACAAUCCACACCUUCAUCAACAAAACUCUCCAAUGGAAAACUCGCCUUGUCAAAUUCCAAGGCCACCAACUCAAACUGUCAACCCCUACAAUAGUAGCAGCAAUAUGUUGUUUCAUAGCUUCCUCUAUAUCAAGUGCCGGUGGUAUUGGUGGUGGAGGUUUGUUUAUUCCCAUUCUCACAAUCAUUGCUGGUUUAGACCUUAAAAUUGCUUCAUCUUUCUCAGCUUUUAUGGUCACCGGUGGGUCAAUUGCAAAUGUUAUGUACAAUUUGCGUACCAAAACUGACAAAUCAGGACGUAUGAAAAAGGGUUUGGUUGAUUAUGACAUAGCAAUUUUGUCAGAGCCUUGUAUGUUAUUAGGUGUAAGUGUUGGGGUUGUUUGUAACCAUGUCUUCCCUGAAUGGUUAAUCACUAUCUUGUUUGCUGUUUUCCUUGUUUGGUCUACUUUUAAGACUUGUAGUAAUGGUGUUGGGUAUUGGAAAACAGAAACAGCUAAACAUAAUGAAAGUAGAAAUGGGUGUGAAAAAGUGGGAAAUGGGGUGACUAAAAAUGGAGAGAUCGAGAACUUAAGAGAACCAUUGAUGGGUGUAGAAGGGAAAGAAAAUUCAGGGUUUCCAUGGAAGAAACUUAUGGUGUUAGUUAUGGUCUGGUUUUCCUUCUUUAUCAUCUAUCUUAUUCGUGGCAAUAGCUAUGGGCAGGGUAUUAUGCCAAUGAAGCCAUGUGGGGUAGGGUAUUGGACUCUCUCAUUGUUUCAAGUUCCACUUGCCAUAGGUUUUACUUCUUGGAUCCUUUUUAGCAAACAGCCCAUUGCAUGCCUUGGUCCAAAUAAACAGGGGGUUAACAAGCUUAUUUUCCCAUUAAUGGCUUUAAUGGCUGGAGCUUUGGGUGGAGUUUUUGGAAUUGGUGGGGGUAUGCUUAUAAGCCCACUUCUUCUUCAAGUUGGGGUAACCCCUGAGGUAACAGCAGCUACUUGUUCCCUCAUGGUUUUCUUUUCAUCCACAAUGUCUGCAUUCCAGUACUUAUUGUUCGGGAUGGAGCAAACCGGUGCUGCCCUUGUAUUCUCGUUCAUUUGUUUCGUAGCAUCGGUUCUCGGAUUAGUGGUGGUGCAGAAAGCCAUAAAAGAGUUCGGGAGAGCAUCGCUGAUCGUGUUCUCAAUCGGUAUAGUGAUGGCCUUGAGUGCCGUAUUGAUGACUAGCUUCGGAGUUCUCGAUGUUUGGCAAGAUUAUAUAUCAGGGAGUUAUAUGGGAUUCAAAAUGCCUUGUUGAAUUCAAUUUUAUGAGCUUGUAUAUUUAUAUUUACGCUUUGAAAUGAAAGAGUCCUUGUAUGUAAAGAAACUGCAUUGUCCCACAUCAAUAUAAGUUAUUUUGAACUUCA